GGGCGGGUCUUCAAGUGCGCUUCAAGAUAGGACAGUUCUUAACCGCUGUCUGUAAUAAUGUUUUGAGUGACUCGUUGGAAAAAAAAUUGGAAUAGUUGAUUUUAUUGAAAUUUAUCUAAUGUUAAUGCUUAUACAAGAAAAUCUGUCAUGAGACGAAAGCAGCCUACAAGAAAAUCUCGCAGUUCGGAUCGACGGAAAGAAAGAUGCGGAACAGAGGGAUCGCUAGAAGAGAAAGUGUUGAGUGACUCUAUAUCCCAGUGUUCCAAGCGUCAGAAAUGUACUGAGCUGGUUGGUGAUGACCCUACUGUAGCUGAACAGACUAAAGCUAUGGACUCUGAGCAGUGCCCUUCUAUAAGCAAAGAGGAUGAUAAAGUCCCUUCUGACCUUGGCAAUUCCUUGCUUCGCACACAGCCAGAGGAACAGUGUAGUGGGUUAUCUGUCAGGAAGCAGCUGCUUAAUGAAGAAACUGAGAACAGUGCUUCAUUAGAAAUAAACUCCAGUGUUUCAAGAAAUGGUUGUAAUCUGGAUGUUAACUCUUUGCCAAGAGUGGAAUAUGAGGUAGACAGCAGCAUUUUUGUAGAUGAAGAUAGUAACCAACCCAUGCCAGUUGGACACUUCUUUGGGAACAUUGAGCUUGUUCAGGACUAUCCCACAAGAUCACCUGCAGCAGUGUCCAUGAGCCGGAGGGAGUAUCGCAAGUUGCACUUUAUUGCAAAAGAUGAUGAUGAAGAGGAGGAAGAUGACGACGACGAUGAUGAUGAAGAUGAUGGAGUCCAUGAAAACCUAGAAAUUCUUCGGUCAAAUGAUCGGUGACAGGGUUGUGCAUUUUCGACUAUAAGCUUCCAGGAACCUGUGCUGUGCAGCAAGCAAAGAGAAGGAAGAAUGGCCUGUUUUGAAAAACGGAUUUUGUUCAGCUUUGCUUCAUUUUUAACGGACAUUCUCAGAUGCUACGUCGGAAGAAAGUAAUUUUAACAUAUGGUGUAAAAGAGGUUUCACAAAUAAAGCAGAUCAUGGUGUAUUGUUAUCUAAUGGAAGAAUUAUUUGAAACGCCCCCUAUCAAUGUAUUGCUUACACUUCGAACAUAUAUGUGUUUUACUUCUAGAAUGUAGCAGCAGCAUGCUAUGAAUAUCCUAUCAGAAGCUUUUUCAAACCCAGGAACUUCUGGAUAUCUUUUGGAGUUUACGUGACUGCAGCCUGUCCUUGUUGGAUGGGCUGUUUAAAUGAAGGACAUUAUCUGUGGGAAAGAACUAGAAGGUCUUAUGAAGCACAAUAAUAGAUUGCACUCGAACAGUAAAUCAUACAAUUAGCUAUGCAUUAAUUUUAUGGCCUUCCAAAGGAUUUGCCUGAGUGUGUGUGUGCGUGUUUUCUUUCUAUAUGCUGCUUGGACCUUCUUAUACUUUUUAAAGAAUACUAACCCAAAUGUUCUACGUUUUGCAAGUCAGUUUUUCUGUCUGCCUUAUGUAACAGGAAGUUGGAAAGUAAAUUUCUGCCUUUGUUAAUUCUACUAAAAAUGCUAUUGUAUAUACUGUAUUUUUCCUGAAGCAAUUAUUUUGUUUUAUAUAUAUUUACUGUUUAAACUGUAUCCAUGUAAAUUAAAAUAUUUCACAUUCA